AUGGCGAGAUUGUCUGGGCCCUGCCGACCGAUAGGAAGCCGUAGUCUCGGGAGAAGUUGGGACGGGCGGGGACUUCGGUCCCAAAUCGUUUGGACGCCAGUCGUAGUGCUUGGCCUGAACUUGGAUAGGAGAUGGCUGGCGCCCUUUACAUCGAUCGUUGAGCCUGUCUCUGCAGUCGGAGUAGACUCGGUAUUCUUGAUGUCAAUCGUUAGGGGACGGCAUGAACAGUCGCCAGGAGGUGGAAGUUUUGGUUGCGGCCCAUUCCUUUUCCUUGCCGUGACCGCUGGGCUUCGGCACACUUUUAUAUGA